CAGUGCGCCGAAUUCAGCUAGCGCUCUAAAGGGUCAGCGUCUCCAAGUGCAGGGAGCUGAGUAUUGAGAGCACCCAGUUCAUUUCCAGAACAUCUCUGUUCUUUUCUCCAAGAAGGAGUAGGGAACUCCAGAGGACUAACUGAGAAAGCUGCAUAAAGAUGUUAUGAUGGACAGUUUCAAGCCACUCCACUCUCUAGGUUUUGUUGGGGUCAAGCCAGAUACAGCAUUAAAGACUGAGCAAAGACCAGCCCUGUGUAAGAGUGAUCUUCAGGACACUAAAACAAAGCAGUUGCCUGAUAGUCAUGGGCACAAAAUAGAAUCACCAGUGGUGGGUCCAUUUGUAGAGAGCUCAAAAGACAUGUGUGCAGAAGACUUGCACAGGGAGGAAAUACACGGAAAUCAGAUGCAUCUAGCAAAGAAACCCGGUGUUGGAAAUGUACAAGCAGCCCAGGAAGUAGAGCCAACUAGAAGCUAUCUACAGGAAAAUUGUAGGACAGAGCUUUGUAUGGAGACUUCCCAGGAGAAGAGAGAGAAGACACCGCCCCCUCCCUUCUCUACUGGCAGUUGUAAGCAGGAAGACUCUUACACACCUGGGCAGUCCACAGACUGGACAGUGAGAGAGUGUGUAAUAAAGGAUGAAUAUGAGUGGGACUCGUGCCAGCAGGACGACUCUCCAGAGAACUGGAUGUUACCAGAUCACUUUAACCAGCCGGAUUAUGUACGGUGUAACACUGUGCAACAUGCAGAGGAUACCCCCGCCCAGGAUGAAGGUGGGGGAAGCUUGAGCUGGGGUGAUCUGGAGCACAAUCAGAAGCAUAGAUUUCAACCGACAAACCCUGAAGAAUAUGGGGAUUAUGUAUGUACUAUAUGUGGAGACAAAUUCAGUGACAAAGCAGAGCUUGUUGUUCACUCCUGCAAAGCCAAGUUGUAUUUGUCAACUCCAUGUGAAGAAAAUUUAGCAUGGGGCUCGCAGUAUAUUACCAACCUGAUAGGCCCCAAUGGAAAAAUGCUGUUUGUCUGUGGAGACUGUGGGAAGAGCUAUGCCUACAGGUCCCAUUUUGUUAUACACCAGAGAUCUCAUACAGGCGAAAAACCGUUUCCAUGCACUGAGUGUGACAAGAGUUUCACUUGCACUUCCCAUCUUAUAGCGCACCAGAGAACUCACACUGGGGAGCGGCCAUAUGUGUGCCCUGAGUGUGGGGAGAGCUUUACACAAAGCUCUACACUGAUUAUACACCAGAAAAUACACACUGGAGAGAAACCCUUUGAAUGCAACGAAUGCCCGAAAAGCUUCUCCCGGCAUUCCCACCUUGUACUGCAUCAGAGGACUCACACAGGAGAAAAGCCCUAUGCAUGUACUGAGUGUGGGAAAAGGUUCAGCAGCCUCUCCAAUCUCACUGCCCAUCACAGGACUCACACCGGAGAGAAGCCAUACCUGUGUGUAGAGUGUGGGAAAGGGUUUACCCAAAGCUCAGCUCUGGUUUUGCAUAAGAAGAUCCACACAGGUGAGAAACCUUACGAAUGCGGCGAAUGCGGGAAAAGCUUCAGCCGCACUUCUCAUUUGACUCUGCACCAGAGAACCCACUCUGGGGAGCGGCCGUACGUGUGCCUCGAGUGCGGCAAAACCUUCUUACGGAGCUCACAUCUUGUCUUGCACCAGCGAACUCACACGGGAGAAAGACCGUAUUCUUGCAAUGAGUGUGGAAGAACCUUCACACAAACCUCGCAUCUUGUUAAACACCAAAGAUCUCACACUAUAGAAAGGACACCGAGCCCUACAAUGGGUGAAGCCAUUUCUCCUAUGAGGACAGCCAAUGUUUUUAUUGCUGAAUACAGAGGUGUAUGUCAGUGCGGUAUUUCAGUCCGGUGCUACUCUCUGCACCAGACCUAAGGACGCCCCCCUCUAGCCAACUGUGUCAGACGCCUGCACGGAUAACCCAGGUAUGCAAGGUCUGGAGGGAUCUGGGGAGAUUUGUUUUUUCUUUAAAAAAAAAACAAAACAUUUUUAUAUAGGCACCAAUAAAGCUGCUGCCCUAGGCAAUACAGCCCUGGUGUAUGUAUUUGAGCAACUCCUUUGUAAUGGCCAAUAUGCAACCUCAAUAGUUAUAGAAAAUGGUAGAGAAAAUACCAGACCAAUAAAAGUUAUCCUAAAGAAAAUUGACAAAAGAAAUUCACAAGAGAGGGUUGAUAGUCCCACCAUGUUAUGCUUUUGUGACACGUGCACUCUAGGGAGCCUUAUUUAUUAAUGCUUGUGCUCGAAAAUUCUUAUAUUUUAUUGGCUAUUGUGGACAAAAUGUAUUUGUAAAAGCAACAAUCGGAUUUCUGCAAGCCAGAAUUCUAUGGUUUCCAGGAUUUAUAAUACAACAAAUACAAAACGAAACGGAAAUUAGUGGGAAGUAAAAAUUCUACAUUUGCCAUGCAAAUAACCGUUCUUGACAGAUUUGUGGAAAUUGGCUGAGCCCAUCACAGUUCAAAAGUAGGAAGAAAGAUGGUGCUCCAGAAUAAAUUGUAAAAGACUCACCAAAUAAUAAAUGUGGUCCGAGUGCACCAGCCCCGGACCCCCCAGCUUUAGGGAGAGGUACGACAACAGAUUUGUGGAAAAAGCAGGGCCGACUGGCACUCAAACGGAUCCACAGGACUGAUCAGAAGAUCAGUUAAAAAAUUAUUUUAUUUAUACAAAGUUAAAAAUUUAUAUUUGCAUCUCCAUCCGUCCUACGCGUUUCACAUCCACCCUACACAAAAUGCGUAGAUGCAAAUAUACAUUUUUAACUUUGUAUAAAUAAAAUUAUCUUCUGAUCAGCCCUGUGGAUCCGUUUGAGUGCCAGUCGGCCCUGCUUUUUCCAUAUAUCUAGAGCCCAUCACAAUUUCCUUGGAUAGUAUGGUAUGACACUGGUCGUGGUGAUGCUGCUUUCACUGUUUACAACAGUGACAGUUGGGCUCAUUUAUAAACACUGGGCAAAUUUGCUCCUGGGCAGUAACCCAUAGCAUCUAAUCGGUGACUAAUCAGUGACUAACUUUUUUCAGCCAGCUACACUGAAAGCAAUCAUCUGAUUGGUUGCCAUGGGUUACUACCCAGGUGCAAAUUUGCCCAGUGUUUAUAAAUGAGCCCCACUGUUACACUGCCUACCAGUGCGUUUAUAUAAAACCCAUUAUGGAAUCUUAUUGCUGUUAUGAUACUUUCUAACAACAGGUGGCUCUGUGUAAACGAUUGCUGUCAUUAUUAAUACAUUUGGUUUAGAAACUCUGCAUUUCCCUACUGUAGGAAUGGCCCAGGGCAGGCGGACCGGUACCAACAAAUAUUUUCUGUCCUAAAUACAUGGAAGCCCGGCUUGAAGGUCCGUUAUGUUGAGAUUGGGGUGAAAAUUGAUAGUUUCCUGUAUAAGUAACAGGAGGGAGGUCCUGUGUGAUGGGUUGAAGAUACGUCCCCUAUCUGGGUACCAUAUAUUAAAAGGAUUUUUGGAACAGGGAGAUGGAAGAAGAGCUUGCUCUGUCCUCUCAGCACAUCAACAGUGGAAGAAGACUGCCCUGACCAUCACUGCAGGUGCCAACCUAUGCAAAUACAGGCUGCCGGGAGAAAGAGGCGCCAGGCUUCUGCCAUAGAAGAUUAAAAGAUUACAGAGUGAGCAAUGUCUGAGACCACAGAAGUAGAAGAGACCCUGAAGGAGUUCUGCCCUGCGUAUCUGUGCUGUUCUGGGUAUGGAAGAGCCGCUCUCCAUAUGGUGGGGGGGGGGACUGAUUUUGUGUGCACACUUUAGUUGAUAGCAGAUGUUCCUAGAUCUGCUACUGCAUUAUGCCUAGAUCUACCAUAGCAGUACGUCUAGAUCUAAUAUAGCAUCAAGCUAAUAUAUAUUUAUUGAUUGUACUAUGGACUAGUCAUUCCAGUCGUUAAACAUAGUAAUUUUUUUAAGGGGAAGUUCCCACUCCCCGCAUUGACCUGGUAUUGCAGUACAUCCAGGACCAGUGCUUCCCUUACCUGUUCUAAGAUCAGAUCAAGUGCCAAGCCAAAAUAUUGGGGGGGGGGAAACAAUUUUAGUAGUCUAGAGUCCCACAGUCCCAUCAACGGCAACGGAGAAGAGCAGAGCAAGCGAUUAGACUAAACCACAUAAGAAGGUGUUUGGGCCUGCCAUUAUGUGCUGUUUUUGAGAAAGCAACUGCCUUUAUACCGCUCUCCGACCAACCAACAGGCGACUUUGUGUGAGACUGCUGCUACUGUAACAAUACUGCUGCUAUACAUUGGAACAAACAGGGUGCAUUGUAUUAUUGAAGCUACUGCUAUUACUGUUAAAUAUUAUAAAUGCUUUAUAACCUACAGGUAGUUGUUCAUCUAGGCACUAUAGACAUACGUGUAUCAGCAGACGGAUCUGUUUGAAAGACACAGUAAGAUAUUACAAGGGAUUGUUGUUUGGCAGGCACCGUGUUAAUAGUAACUAUGUUAUAGAUAGCUCUGCUUUAAUGGGAUACUGCCAGAGUUUUGAUGGCAUAAUAGCUCUGUUACCAUGUAUUUAUUUUCAACAAAAAAAAAAACUUUUUGUUUUCCCACUGCUCGUGAUCCUUUGUUUUCAGAAAUGUUGGGUACAGCACAAAGCAAGUCCACUCAGGCAGCUAAUACCUCAAUUCUUAUCUCCCUGUUGUCCAACAUUUCCUUCUAUUCUCUUGCUAGGUGCAAUUCUGAUAGUGGCCACCAAGUGUUGCAGCCAUUGCUAAUUGUCACCUGUAGGAAUCAACCAUAUUUCUGUUACCUUGCUUAUGUAUAGGGGACAGGGGUGUCCGAAUGUAUUGUUUAUUACUGGAUGUAAGGAAUUUAGGACUACAAUUCCCUCUGCCUCUCACUGUAUUUAAUAUAUGUAAAAUCGUGUAAGGAUAUCGUUCUUGAAAAUCAAAGUACCAUUACCCAAAGUAUUUAUGUGGCCCUUUUCUGUACAAAAGAAGUAAAAGGCAUAUAGGGGAGUUUCUUAACACUGUAUUUUAACUGUCAGAGAAACACCUGAAACCACCUAUUGUUCUUUCAAUUGACGUAAAUGCAAACUGACAGAAAUGCAUAUUAGAGCAUUUUAAUAACUACUUGUAGUGACCGUGUUAAGCUGGCCAUAGACGCAAAGAUCUGAUCGUAUGAAUCGAGGAUUCGUACGAUUUUCGCACCGUGUGGGGAGAGUCCCAACAUGUUUCAUCCAGCGGAGAUUGGUCAUUUGGUCGAUCGGACAGGUUAAAAGAUUUCUGUCGGCUGCGGGUAAUAUCUCUGCGUGUAUUGCCGAUCGUACGAUUAUCAGAGGGAGACUGUCACUAGCUUUUGUCGGACAUAACUUUCGUACGAUUGCUGUCAGGGGCAGAACAUCGGCUCAUCUGUUCUUUUGUCCUUUAUUUGAUCUGAAUGGUGAAUGGCAGGUCGGGAGUUGGAGAAGUCCGACCGUACGUUGAUUUGUACAAUCGGAUCUUUGCGUCUGUGGCCAGCUUUAUUCAGUUUCAAUUAGGGUUAAGGUACACAAGGUCUUUAGUUCAGUCAGUGUGCGUUCAAAUACUCCUGUGAUGUGCAGAUAUAUCAAAUACCCGCUGCUCAGGUGGGUCCGGGACCCAAAGAGGGGUUGCUGGUUUGGGGUUGGUUGGUUUCAAUGAUAAUACAAUACCAAAAGUUGACAAAAGAAAUUAUCCAGAAGGGGGUCAACUAUUGUUCCAUGUGCAGGUGCAGGAGGUAUAAUAGUUUUUAAAAUUUCCUGUACGCCAAUCCCCAUUGCUCUGGUCCUGAUGAUGAAAAGAUAGUGGGCCUUGGGGUGCCCGCUAUGUAAAUCCAGCCCUGUGUCAACCUAAAGUCCCCUUCCACACAUGCAUUCUGUAGGGCUCAAUUUAUUAAUAUUCAUGGCUGGAUGAUCACACAUUUUAUUGGCUAUUGGGGCCUCACUUUGUAAUUUUUGCACUACGGAAUUCCAUGGUUUUCAAGAUUUGCAAUACUUCAAACUCAAAUUGAUUAGAUGUUUCAUAUUAUUUGCUCAGAUCUACAGAAAAUCAAUGGGAAGUGGAUAUGCAAAAUGCAUUGCUUCUGAAACUGUGGGGCUUGCCUCUCUUAGGGUUGAGAUUAAAAAUCUUGCUGUUUUAGAUACACCCAAAAUCCCAGCACGAAUAGUGAAUUAUGUUAAGGUUUGGGGUGAAAACAUAUACAUGUGAUGCUUGCUUUCUAACAGCAGGUGGCUCUCUGUGAAAGACUGGAGUGUGUAGUAUCUGUUAUUAGUGGUUUAAUAUCUAUGUCCCCUAUCUGGUUUUGCAGUACCCCCAGGACUAGUGCACCUCUUUUUCACAGCCCCUCAAAAUCAGUUCAGCUUUGUGGGGAAUUGUUGAUCUUAUAAGAAGAGAAGAAGACUUCUCCGUAGACUUCAGAGCCAACCUAUUCAAAUACAGGCUGCCGGGAGAGAGAGAAGAGAGACAAGUUUCUGGCUCAGCAAAUCAAAGGACUAAGCAAAGACAAAGCCCAUAAGUGACCACAUAAAGACAGGAUAAGGUGAAGGAGUUUUGCUGUUUGUAUCUGUGCUGUUCUAGGUAUGGACAAGCUGUUCUCCUUAUGUUGAGGGGCCAGGCCCUGUAGGGGGUUGUUUCUGAAUGUGAGAGUCAGGUUAUCACUUGCCUUUUGGCUUCUGUUUAUCUAUAUCUCAAUGUUAAACACAUUUAACAAUGAAUUCACUUUAAGUCUUGUGAUUAUUAAUGAAUUAAUUUUUCGAAGGGGGAGUUCUGACUCCACGCAUUGGCCUGGUAUAGCAGUACCUCCAGGAUCGGUGCAC